CUCCACCCAGGAUCAGCAGCCCCGCUUCCUGCCCCCCCCCCCUCCUCCGUGUCCCGGCUCUUAUAAAGCUAACAGGAAAACUCAGGCCGUCCUCUCGGGCCGCGCGUUGCUCUUCUUGUUGAUGGUUAGACUCUGCGAGAGAAGGAUGAAGUUACUCGUCGCCGUCACGAUCAUCGUGGGGUCGCUCAUUUUUCUUGCCUUCCCCAAUGGGUCGUCCGCGGACGAGAAGAAGAAAGGCCCCAAAGUAACGGCGAAGGUGUUCUUCGACAUUAAAAUCGGAGAUGAAGACGCAGGAAGAAUUGUCAUCGGCGUGUUUGGGAAAACUGUUCCCAAAACAGCCGACAAUUUUAUCAUGCUGGCAACAGGAGAGAAAGGAUUCGGAUACAAGGGCAGCAAAUUCCACAGGGUCAUCAAGGACUUCAUGAUCCAGGGCGGAGACUUCACCAGAGGAGAUGGCACUGGAGGCAAGAGCAUCUAUGGAGAUCGUUUCCCCGAUGAGAACUUCAAGCUGAAGCACUACGGCCCCGGAUGGCUCAGCAUGGCCAACGCUGGCAAAGACACCAACGGCUCCCAGUUCUUCAUCACCACAGUUACGACCCCGUGGCUGGACGGCAAACAUGUCGUCUUUGGAGUCAUUCUGGAGGGAUUGGAUGUGGUGAAGACGAUCGAGAGCACAAAGACAGAUGGUCGCGAUAAGCCUCUGAAAGACGUUAUCAUCCACGACUGCGGCAAAAUCGACGUGGAGAAGCCGUUCGCAGUGGCCAAGGAGUAGAGCGCCGCUGAGGGGAGCAGCUCAGGGGAAAACAGGACUUAGGGGGGGAGUUUAGGGCAAAUCAUGCAGGCCACUCUGAUUUAUCACUAACAGCCCUGUGGUCCUGGAGAAAUGGCUUCGGAUCAUUGUGUCAGUGGCCGCCAUCUUAACGCACCAGAAGAGCAUUAAUAUCAAGCAAUCAAAUGGGUCCAUUCACCAACGAGCAUUCCAAGGUGCAACUAACUGUUCAUUGAGGGUUGUUUUUUUUGUUUUUUUUUCUAAAAUAAAUCCUUAAUAAAGAAUCCAAGUUUUGUUAAA